CCUGGCGUGCCGGGCUUCCAGUUAGCGUCAUGGAAGUGGUCAAGUGUCCGCAGCACGGGACCGUCUGCUUCUUAAAGACCGGUCUCCGCGAUGGCCCGAAUAAGGGAAAGAGCUUCUACGUGUGCCGGUCGAACACAUGCGGCUUCGCGCAGUCCACCGAUAUUCCUGUUUCUCACUGUUUAUUGCACGAGGACUUUGUGGUAGAACUUCAGGGCUUGUUUCUACCACAGGGCAAGAAAGAAUGGAGGUUGUUCUUCCGAUGUGCUAGAAGUAAGGCAGAGGGGAAACACUGGUGUGGGAACGUUCCGUGGCAGGAUCCUAAUCCUAAAGAAUAUCCUGUAACCAGCAAGCCUCCACAGGCAUCUGAGUUAUUUCCUCAUCCUCCCAGCCAGCCAAGAAACCCAUUCAAGGUGCUUAACAGUAAUCAGAAAGCAGCUCCCCGGAAACAGUUAGUCGAAGGAGACGGUGGGGGAAAGACAGCUGAUAUGACGCUGAGCGAGAACAAAGACCAGCUCUGGGAUCAAAAGAAAGGCCAGAAGACCAAGUCCGACUGUAGGAUGGAGAAAUACCCCUCCCCUGACCUGGUGACAGAAACACAGUCGAGAGGUGACGGGAAAGAGCAAGGGGCGAAAACAACAAAGGAGACUGGAGGAGUGGCUCCCAAACAAGGCCGUGCAGAUGUGCUCCGAGGGACACCUGCGGUCCCUCAGCUGUCAGAGGGUGAGAGUCGAGAUGUCCCAGAUAAGCCAGAACCGCCGCCGCCGCCGAGAGAAAAGGAAACCCAGCUUUCGCCUCAGAAUGGUCCUGGUCAGAACCCAGGAAGCAAAGCCCAGAAAGAGGGCCACCUCAACCGGGAGCAGCUCAGGAGUGGGGAGGCCCAGGGCAGAACAGGAACAGAUGCCCCCAGUGCCCAGGCCUCUCAGGAGGGAGCGCCUGGGCUUUGCUUGCGAGAGGUCCGCCAUGCUGCCUCCAGCAGCGAGGACAGUGAGGACAGUGAGGACGAUGACGGUGUUUCCAGUAGGCCAGGGUCCCCACUUCUCUUUGACUCCACUAUGGACUCACAGAAGAAGGAGAACCUCCACCUUUGUGAUCAGCAUGUGCAAAGACAGCCACCUGCUGCUGUGGGUGUCUGCAAGAGGGGAGAGUCGUGUGACCCAGCAGCCCAGCGUGCAAACCUUACAGCACAGCUGAGACAAAAGAAGGGCACGCUGGCUGCAGUGAACAUCCAGGCUCUCCCUGACAAGGGUGAGAAGUUGCUUAAGCAAAUCCAGGCAUUGGAGGAUGCACUCAGUGCUCUGGCUCUCUCCCCAGAGCAAGGAACUAAGGAGAACUGUAGCUCUCAGGAACCCCAGCAGAGUGGCCUCGCCAAAACCACUACAGACCCUCCACACCUCGUGCCUCCCCAGCCCCUUCCCAGUCGUGAUGUCCAGCUUGUAGGCUUUCUAGGACUAAAGGCAGGUCGCCAGGGAACUCCUGAAGGAUCCAGUCAGUGCUCAGGAGGCCAUAUGACCCAACAUCGCCUUCAUAGUGUGUGGAGCAUCACGAGUGAAGCCAUUGAUGAGCUGCAUCGGUCACUGGAGUCUUGUCCUGGAGAAGCAGCAGUGGCAGAAGACCCAGCUGGCUUGAAGGUCCCUUUGUUACUCCACCAGAAGCAGGCAUUAGCCUGGUUACUGUGGCGGGAAAGUCAGAAGCCACAAGGAGGGAUUCUGGCGGAUGAUAUGGGCUUAGGAAAAACCCUGACGAUGAUCGCACUCAUCCUAACCAAGAAGAAUCAGGAGAAAAGCAAGGACAAGGGCAGAAGCAUGCCUGUGACGUGGCUUUCCAAGGAUGACUCCUCUGUUUUGACUUCCAACGGAACACUAAUUGUCUGCCCUGCUUCCCUUAUCCAUCACUGGAAGAACGAGGUAGAGAAACGAGUGAACAGCAACAGACUCCGAAUCUAUCUCUACCAUGGGCCAAACAGGAGUCGGCAUGCAAAAGUACUCUCUACAUAUGAUGUCGUGAUUACUACUUAUAGCCUUCUGGCCAAGGAGAUUCCCACAAAGAAGCAAGAAGGAGAGGUUCCCGGUGCAGACCUCAGUGUGGAGGGUGUCUCAACACCUUUGCUUCAGGUCGUCUGGGCUCGAGUCAUACUGGAUGAAGCUCACAAUGUAAAGAAUCCUCAAAUACAGACAUCCAUUGCUGUGUGUAAGCUGCAGGCUCAGGCCCGGUGGGCUGUCACCGGAACGCCCAUUCAGAACAACCUAUUGGAUAUGUAUUCACUAAUGAAGUUUCUCCGCUGUUCCCCGUUUGAUGACUUCAGUCUUUGGAAGAGCCAGGUUGACAAUGGUUCAUUGAAGGGAGGAGAACGGUUGAGCAUUUUAACCAGGAGCCUUUUGCUGAGGAGAACAAAAGACCAACUGGAUUCCACUGGUAAACCUUUGGUACCGCUGCCUCAGCGCAGAUUCCAACUGCACCGCUUAAAGCUGUCUGAAGACGAGCAGGCUGUUUACGACGUCUUUCUGGCAAGGUCGAGGUCAGCUCUCCAGUCCUAUCUAAAGAGACAUGAAGGUAGAGGCAGCCAGCCCGAAAGAAGCCCUGAUAAUCCGUUCAGUAGAGUGGCGCAGGAGUUUGGGUCCAGCGUGCCCCAGCGCUCUGCUGCAGCAGGCUCGCAGAGACCCAGCACCAUCCACGUCCUGUCCCAGCUGCUACGGCUUCGCCAGUGCUGCUGCCAUCUCUCUCUACUCAAGUCGGCCCUGGACCCGACAGAACUGGAAAGCGAAGGCCUUGUCCUGUCCCUGGAAGAGCAGCUCAGCGCUCUGACCUUGUCCAAACUUGACGUCUCAGAGCCUUCACCCACUGUUUGUCUCAACGGCACCUGCUUCAAGGUGGAGCUUUUUGACAACACACGAAGGAGCACCAAGGUGUCUUCUCUGCUGGCAGAACUGGAGGCAAUCCGAAAAGGCUCAGGGUCCCAAAAGAGUGUCAUUGUCUCUCAGUGGACCAGCAUGCUGCAAGUGGUAACCCUGCACCUCAGGAAACAUGGACUGACCUAUGCCACCAUCGAUGGCUCUGUCAACCCCAAACAGAGAAUGGACCUGGUGGAGGCAUUUAACCACUCCCGGGGGCCUCAGGUUAUGCUAAUCUCCCUCUUGGCUGGCGGGGUCGGACUCAAUCUGACUGGAGGGAACCACCUUUUCCUUUUGGACAUGCACUGGAAUCCCUCACUUGAAGACCAAGCUUGUGAUCGGAUCUACAGAGUUGGACAGGAGAAGGAUGUCGUCAUACACAGGUUCGUCUGUGAGGGGACAGUGGAAGAGAAGAUCUUACAGCUCCAAGAAAAAAAGAAAAAUUUGGCCAAACAGGUCCUUUCUGGAUCCGCAGGACCUGUUGCCAAGCUCACACUGGCUGACCUCAAGGUCCUCUUUGGCAUCUAGCUUCCUCUGCCAUGCUGGUGUGUACUGGGUCUGGAGUGGUGCGUUCCGUGAUCCUAGAGCUUUCGAUUUCAUCUUACUCACUGAGACUAAGUCCUGUGCCAGGAAUUGAGAGAGGGUCACCAUAUUAACAGACUGGCUAGUCCAUCGUGUUUAUCAGACCUCUUGUUUAACAUGCACCCUAGAAACCAGCGGGCGAUUCCAGAGUGGAGCCUGGCGUGCUGGUGCAUGCCUAUAAUCCCAGCACUCCUGAAGCAAGAGGGUGGAGAGUUCCAGGCCGGCCUGAGGAAGAGACUCUCAAAACAAAGCACAGAAGUGCUUUGGAAGCCAGUCAUAGUCCAUGAUUGUAAUCCCAGCACUAGAGAGGCCAAGGCAGGAUUGUGAGU